UCAAAUGUCUGCGCACAUACGACUUUUUGGAUAGGAUCCACACAGGGACUCAAUCCCUCAAAACCCUAAUCAAAUCCCCGAGAGGGCAAACGGGAGAUCUCGCGCUAUUGCUUCGAUCUGAAGUGCUCUCCUUUCCAUUCUUCCUCUCCUCUUCGACUCCGGGAUUGCAGCGCUUCGUUUCUAGGUAUGGAGGCCCUGUGUCAAAGCAAGAGUGAUGGAGCUGCUGCUCUCUACUCCAUGGCGAAAUUGCUGGUGGCGGAGUCUGUGCUGGUGACCGAAAGGCUUCUCCUUUGGCUUCUACUCGCAGCAGGAUCUUCAAGUAAUGCUGCCCUCUCUGGUGAAGAGUCGAAAGUGAUUUAUGAAAUGAUACGAAGAAGCAAACGCAAUGAUGUCCCAGAGAACAAGGAUGAUGGUGAGUCAGAUGAUGAUGACGAUGACGACAAUGAUGAGGAUGGAGAUGGUUCAGAAGAUGAUGGAGGCGAUGAUGAUGUGUCCGGAGAAGAAAAUGAUAAAGAAGGCGGUGAAGAGGAUGACGACCCUGAGGCCAAUGGUGGAGGAAGUGAAGAGGAAGAUGACGAUGAUGACGACGAUGAUGAUUCUGACGGUGAGGAUGAGGAUGAAGAUGUAGAAGAGGAUGACGAUGAAGAGGAUGAAGAGCUACCGCAACCACCUACCAAGAAGAGGAAGUGAACCACCUCGCUGUUUCUUUUCUGUACAAGUCCUCCGGGUUCCAUUUAGGCUGAGGGUUAGCAUCAAGGUGGAUUUAGUCGCUCGCUUAAACUUGAUAUCCUUAUUUGCGUGUUUUAUGGUAAACAUAUCACUACCAGUAGACAUUCCGAACAAGCCAUUCAUUCGCUGCUUCGAUUUA